GGUGUCUCCUGGCAUCCUGCAGCCGUCUUGGGGCGGGCUCGGGCCAUGCCGGGAGGAGUCGUCCCAGGAGAAUGACGUGGGUCCUGCCAGACAAUUGUUCGAGCGUGUGAGGGUAUGCCAAAUGCGCCCACCUAACAACUUCACCCUUCGGCGACGGACCGGCAAGGGACGUAAUCAUUUGGGCCCUGGCCGGCGGCGGAAUCCGCCUCGGGGCGAUGGCGGGCCAGUAUGGGCUGCCCGGGAUGUCAGGGCAGUAUGGGCUGGCAGGGCAGAGGUUCCCCUUGAGCUUCGUGUCCCCCCUGGACGAUGUGGAACCCGAGCUCGUCCCGGGCGACGUGACCCUCACGGUGCAGUGCCAGUGCGAGCAGUGCUCGUUCAAGGUCGCGUUGUCCGUGUCACGCGAGGUGGUGCCAGAAGUCCUUCGUUGCUACUGCAGGGCAUGUCGCAAGUACCACGCUAGCGCUUUUGCCUCGUAUCUACGAGUGUCCAGACAGGCGUGUGACGUCGGCGACGACUGGACCUUUGGCGAGUGUGCCCGAAGGAGUCGUGGCACUUGCCUGGCGCUCGGGACCGUGGAGCGAAUAUUUUGCCAGCGCUGUUUUUCCAAGAUAGCCACCAUCCCCCGCCACGGCCCGCAGCAGGAUGACAUCCUGGUGUCCCUCGGGUGUGUGCAGGACGCGUCCGUGCCCGAAUUCCUGGCGAAGUGGUGGCAGCGCCAUUUCACUGAGGUAGACCCUGGCGCACAGGCGCCCUGGUGGGGCGUCGUGUCCAGCCCAGCCGAUCCAGACGAGGGCGCGGACUGCGCCAUAGUGGCGGAGGGGGGUUGCUGCUGUGGCAGCUGCGUCUUCUCCGCGGCGUUCGACCCAGGCUUCUUCCUGCAGCAUUGCUACUGUGGCCUUUGCCGUCACCUCUCCGGGUCAGCUUGCCAGACGUGGGUGCCUUGCCGUAAGAACGACAUCUGCUGGUUGCAGGAGGCAAGCAAGGUCGUGAACCGAUUCAGCAGCCAUGCGCAGCGGCACCUGUGCGAGCGGUGUGGUGGCGUCCUGGCCAUUGUCUAUGACGCGGAGCCAGACCACAUGUGGAUGGCAGCGGGCACGCUGAACGAUAGCGACUUCGUCGAGGACUUCGCGGCGCAUGGGUGCACCGUGGUCCACAUCUGCUGCACGAUGAUGCAGAGCUGGUACCGCCUGCCCCUGGACGGCCAGCGGAGGCUGAGAUACGCGUCGUGAGCAAGCGCACGGCAAUGUCACAGCCAAUGGGCGAGUUAUUUGUUUUCGUUUCUCGCUGCACCGCUGGCCAUCCAAGGCGGAUUCCUUCUCACCCCUUUAGCCGCACCUUGCGCUGCCCCCACUGAACCUCAGGCUCGCUCAAUGCUGUCAGCUCACGGAGACCUUGCAGGCUGCCUUGGAUGUGCGCGUCUCUUUCACAACAUGUCUCUUCAAGGCGUGCUAGCUGCCGAAGACCUGGCAACACCGAGCCAGACUCACUCGAGUACCCUUCUUGCGACUGCCAGUGCAACCCCUCCCGGCUUGCCCCCGACCCUUCCUUCUCCGCCGCCCACAAGACAGGGCCAAUUUCGAUCCCAUCGAUCCGC